AUGCGGGAACAUUGUCACCUCCCUCAGUCCAUCGGCGUCGUUGGAUUCCCCUUCUCCAAGGGACAGCCUCGGACUGGAGCAGAACUAGGACCCGGCGCUCUACGGGAGGCUGGUCUGGUAUCACAGCUGGAAUCACUGGGCAAUCAUGUGAUAGACUUUGGAGAUGUUGAGCUGGAGCCAGUGUCCAGAGAUGAGCCAGUGAUGGGCGUCAAGAACCCACUGGCUGUGGGGACAGCCAACAAGAAGUUGUCUGAUGCCGUCACCAAGCUGCUUAAACAGAACCAGUCCAUCAUCACCCUGGGCGGGGAUCACAGCAUGGCCAUUGGCUCAAUCCAUGGCCACGCCCAGGUGGAGCCGGACCUGGUCAUUGUAUGGGUGGAUGCUCAUGCAGACAUACACACGCCCCUGACAUCUCCCAGUGGCAACAUUCACGGCAUGCCUCUCUCAUUUCUGGCCAGGGAGCUUCAGGAUUACGUUCCUGAUCUGCCAGGCUUUGAUUGGUGUUCUCCUUGCAUUUCAGUUCAUGACAUUGCCUAUAUUGGUCUCCGAGAUGUGGAUCCAGCUGAAAGGGCUAUUAUUGAGAAGUUUGGAAUUUGCAGUUACUCCAUGCAGGAAGUGGAUAAGUUUGGAAUCCGGGAGGUUGUCGAUAGGGCACUUCAGCAGCUUGAUCCUAGUGGCACACGACCAAUUCAUCUCAGCUUUGAUGUGGAUGGCAUGGAUCCAAGCUUGACCCCCUCUACAGGAACCCCAGUUCCUGGGGGCCUCUCAUUGAGGGAAACCUUGUAUCUUGCUGAAAAAAUUGCUGAGACAGGUCGCCUGUCAGUGCUGGAUGUAGCAGAGGUCAACCCAGCAUUGGGUACAGAUGACAAGAAGCAGAUGACACUUAGCAAUACGGUUGAUGUUACAACGACUUUCUUUGGACGCCAUCGACAGGGUAAUGCUCCACACGGGUAUGAAAUUCCGAGACCAUGA